UUUCCGCAUUCCCCAACCGCUUUCGAGCUUCAGGGCCGAGCGCACGGAGCAACACGGACUUCCAGGACUGUUGAUUAUCAGGGGAGAAGAACAUCCAUGUGACGGAACACGGUUCAGGAGAAAAUCCUUCCUGGCGGCUGUGGAGUCUGUGGUGAUUCUCGGUUUGAAAGGCUCUGCUUACUGAGGUCCAGUUUUGGUGUAUGUAAAAUUUGGAUGAUGAGCCCCUUGAUGUUGACUGUUAAAUAGCCAGCACUGGACAAGCAGAGGACCAAAUGAACAUGGCAGUCUUCAAGCCAGAAAAUGUGGAAGACUUCUAUGAGAUCAGGGAAGUUCUGGGAAGUGGGCAUUUUGGUCAGGUCCGACGGGUUUGUGAGCGAACUUCUGGGACUUGUUGGGCAGCCAAAUUCAUGAAGCUUCGUAAGAACGCGUGCAGCCGUCUAGGCCUGGAGAGGAGCAGUGUGGAGCGAGAGGUGGAGAUCCUCCAGGCUGUACAACAUCCAAACAUCGUGACUCUUAAAGAUGUUUUUGAGAGCCGAGCAGAGGUGGUGCUCAUUCUGGAACUGGUUAGUGGAGGGGAGCUAUUUGACUUCAUUGCUGAGAAGGAGAACCUGUUGGAGAGUGAAGCCAUUGAGUUCAUGAAGCAGAUACUGGCAGGACUGGGAUUCAUGCACAGCAAGAACAUUGCUCAUUUUGAUCUGAAGCCAGAAAACAUCAUGCUUUCAGACAAAGUGUCAUCACAUCCCAAUGUCAAACUCAUCGACUUUGGCCUAGCCUACUUUUUCAAUCAGGGGGAGGAGUACAGGAGUACAAGUGGAACACCACAAUACAUUGCCCCUGAGGUGAUCAACUGUGAGCCUCUGAGUACAGCAGCAGAUAUGUGGAGCAUCGGCGUAAUUACCUACAUAUUAUUGAGUGGUUUGUCACCAUUCCAAGGUGAGACUAAUGAAGAGACCUUGAGGAAUAUCAUUGCCAUGAAGUAUGACUUUGAUGAACGGUAUUUCAGCACGACCAGCUCGAUGGCGAAAGAUUUCAUCGAGAAACUCUUGGUGAAAAAUCCCAAUGACAGAAUGACAGCUGAGGAAUGUCUGCUUCAUCCAUGGAUUAAGCCUAUCACACGCAAACAGGUGACCAAUAGGAAUCGAUCCUCAAUAAACAUGAAGACCUUUAAGAAGUUCAACGCCAGAAGGAAAUGGAAAAUGUCCUUCAACAUGGUGUCAUUAUGUAACCGACUGGUAAAUUUGAAAUUGUGCAAGGUCAACCCAGAAGAAGAUCCUCUACAGAGACAAUGUGAAAGUGAUGUGGAGGACACAGAGAGCAAGCCUGCCUCUCUGCUGCGUCGAAGACUCAGCAGCAGCUCAUAGAAUCAGAAUAGACUGCCUGGUCUGAGCCGUUUCUUUAAUGAAAGAUCUUCAGAAGAUGUUGGUGGUGGAAUCUUUGGAUGGUUUGGUGUUUAGGACACUUUUAAAUGUAAGAGUGUAUUUGGAUGGGUAAUGAUUUGGAAAAACUCUGUAUAGAACUAUAUUUCUUAAUAUUCUUUAUAUUCACUAGUUUGUAUCUCUACUGAAACGCAAAACUCAUUUUGUCUGUCGUUAAUGACUUUUACAUUGACCAUGUUUUUAAUGUCACCCAAAUGCAAAUGCUUGAUUUGUUAUCUUUCUAUAAAAUACUGUCAGUCCAAAUAUAUUUUCAGCUGCUGUUAAGUUGUUCUUAAAAGCUAAAGUUGGCAGAUUUAUGGAACAGAGGGGGCACACACACACACACACACACACACACACACACACACACACACACACACACACACACACACACACACACACACACACACACACAACAACAACAACGUGAAAAUAUAGCUCUCUUCCUGCAGUUCUGUCUCUGCCCUCUUGUAUUCCUUGCUACCAGAUGAACACAGAAAUAUAUAUAUGCUUCACACACUAACUUAGUUACCUGAAACUACAUUACUUUAAACAGCAACCUGUACAGUGUAGGCCUAGCAUUCAUUCAUUUUUAUUUAUCAUAUUGUAACUAUGAUCCCGGUGCCAUUAUAUAGAGGCAAAUCUAUGAGAAUUACCAACUGGCCAAAUUCUCCUGUUAUGGGUGGAAUUUUCUAAAGCUUGCAAACAGAGUCAUGAGGAGGUGCCAAAGUCAAGCUUCCCUUCACACCAAUUGAAUUACCAUACGUGUAAUUUUUUUUUCCAAUGAUCGGGAAAAAGUUCAGCCUAAAGUAAAGAUUUAGUUAUUGCACUUACUGUCACUCCAAAUUUCCAAAUUGCUCUUAAUCCUCUAAUUCCCCUCUCAAUAAGUGACAAACAAUCUCACCUGAAGGUCCUUGUGCAUGAGGUUUGAACUGUUACUCCUUCAUGAGUGCAUGUUUAGUUGUAAUGUAGACUCUGUCAGCAGCACCUCCCAGUCUAUUCAUCAUGAGUCAAGUUAUCCCUGGACUCAUGAGGACUGUUUUUCAUUAUCACUGCACUUUUGUUGAGUAACCUUGCUGUCCAUGUAUGUUAUAAUUUGUAUUGCUGUCGGAUUUCAUAACACUUAAAGAAUCAGAUCUAUUUUGAAAUUCUGCUAAAGCUCUCAUGUAGUCUCUUUCCUUUUCAGUGAUAUGUGCUGAGUUCAACCUGUAUUUGUCUGUUAACCACUGAUUUUUUUCUGAUUAUCUCUUAUUCAGUUGAUUUACACUGAGUCAUAGUUUGAUGCUGUAGUAGGAUAAGAUGAGCUUUUCAUUAGAAAUCCAAAGAAAUGAGAUGCUAGAGAGGUAAUUGAGGUAUUUUUAUCUUGAAAACAGGGAUAUUUAUUAUUCUGUGGCUUUGUAAACAAACUUAGGUUUUUUUCUUCAUCACUCAGUUGAAUUAAAAAAACAGACACAACCUUCAAUUGAAGGCAAAUUGAUACCAAAGCAUUCCAUUAAAUGAGUCAGAAUAUCAAUUUCAUUAGAUACACUUUGCUAUUUAUUUGGAAGUCUAAUUAACCAUUCAAUCUAUACCUACAGCAAGAUUUACCCUAACAAUAACUAAAGAGAGUACAAAGCACCACAUUUCUCAUGUUUAAGUGAGAAUGUUUUUUUUUUAUCAGUUAAGAAAGCUUUCUUCAAUGAAUUGUCAUUAUGAAAUUAAAACAGAAAACUUUCAACAAAAGAAUUUCUGUUAGUUAGAACCAACUUACUAAUAGCUAAUAAGGUUACUACUCCACUUAUACUUCGAAGUGCAUAUGCAGUACAGUCUUCUAGGAUCAUAGGGUAGCUAUCCAUCUCUCUGUCUCUGGACCUAAAGAAGAAACAGGAUAUUGACCUACAUGCUUUUCAAAUCCACAUUAAAAUGAGAAAUUCCAGGACAAAGCAAAUGUAAAGAAAUUCAUUUGUUCCUAGGGCAUGUUAUGCACCUAAAAAACAUAAAGUUCUCUGCAUCAUGAUGUUAGUUCAUUGGCUUGCCUUAUAUAAUAGCUUACUAUUGAAUGCAAGGGAACAUACAAUUUCUAAUCCACAUUGUAGAUAUCAAAAGAUGCUCCACAAAUUGUGCAUUUGUGUCAUUCAAACUGAGCUUUACGUUGAAAGGAACACAGUCAACCAGUGGGCUGUACUAUGAAGCCAAAUUAUUGGGUUAGCGAGGUAUACUGAGCCUAAAAUCUGAGUUUUUAGUAUCACGAAGGUGGCUUUCUUUUUACCUGGUUAGAUCUUCAUGGUAACUUAUGCUGUGGAGGUGACCUGGUCCAGAGCAGGGUAUGUUCAGAGUUUAGGAUUUUGAUCAGCUGUAAGAAGAGUCUCCAUUUAACCAAACAGUUUCCUGAUGAUUCUUGAGCGAUACAGAUCCUCAGCUGAGGGAAUAUGAUGUAUGCGCAAUCCUGUUCAGCUGUAUGUUACUAAAGCCACUGAAUGAAGCUGUGUAGUUACAGUGUUGCACACUGUAUGCACCGCGUUGCCAUGGGAACCCCACAUGUAUUUAGUUGGUGAUGCAGAAAUCAAAUAAAUGUUUAAAUUUGGUCCUAAUUUGCUGUCAGGUCCAUUUACAUGCUGGUACUGCAACUGAUAGAACAGGUUUUAGAAAAUUGGUUAUUCUACUGGUAUUUAUUCCAGAGAAUAUUAAAUUAGUAACAUCAAUUUCAUUUUGACUUGGUCCCAAAUUAAAGUGAUAUCCUGCAUUAUGGCACAGUGUCAGACCUAAGUACACUUUAAUAUAAUAUUGGGUUUAAAUAUAUGAAAUUUAAAGUUUAACAACUUUAAUGUGCAGCUGUCAGAAAUAAUCAGCUGCAUUGAUCACGAAAAUUAAUACAUUCAGACACAUUUAACAGUUUUCUACCAGCAUUCCUGUCUUCCAUCAUUUCCAGCAGCAGAACUUUUUAUUCACAACUUUAACUUUCAGUUUUUGCUUUUUUAUUUUGGAUUUAUUUCAGUCUGUUUUAUUGGCAGCAUUUUCUAACUUCCAUCCAAAGUCGUUAAUUUUGGCCUUCAAUUUUCCGCUUGGUUUUGUGUUUAAUUUUAAGAUUGUCUUUGUUGCAAAUAAACAAUAAAGUUACAUUUACAAUUAUUAAA